AUGACGCUGGUUCCGGAUGAGUUGACCAAGACUAAGGGAUCGAAGACUUCAACUCUGGAUGCGGACUGCGGAUCAUUAACAUCGGUUGGCCUUGAGCGUAUGGCUCGCAUCAUUCAGAGGUCAUCAAACCUGACAAAGGGGCGAUUUGCGUUUAACUCCGAUUUCAUUACACUGACCCUGGACGAAGUAAUCGGAGCUAGCGAAUCUAAGCCUUCAACUCUGGAUGUGGACUACAAUUUAUUUACAUCGAUUAGCCAUGAGUGCAUGGAUCGCAUCGAAGCCCAAAGAUUCGGUGGCUAUGCGCUAGUAGUAGAUGGAAUCGGCGGAAAGAUUGAGGUUGAGGCGAUAUUCCAUGUUCUCAUGAAUCAAGGGCCAUUGAUCAACAUGAUUGCGUUUGACCACGGAUUCGAUGAUAAGAUACUGUUUGUCUUGGGUAAAUUCGCUACGCCUAUUAGGCCCUAUAUUUCACGCCUGAGGAUCGUGUGUGGAUCAUUAACAUCGGAUGGUUGUCGGCUCUUGGGUCGCAUUAUUCAGAAGUUAUCGAACCUUGUAGAGCUGUGGUUGUAUGCCAAAAAAUCGGCAGAAAUAGAGAAACUAGAACAAUCAAGCGGCGAAGGGAAUGCCAAAGAGUUGCCACAAAUGGUUAAUUGGCCACCAACGCGACGAAAUCUACCGAAGCUACAGAAAUCGAGUGUCGACAUCGAUGGAUUAUCUACACCUAACUCCUCUCAAUGGGUCAUCAAAUGGAAGAAACUCGUAGAGGCCAUUGAUAUCUCAGAACUAGAGACACUGUGCAUUUCAGGACUCUUUCUUAAUGUCCUGAUACUGAAGCUUUUGGUGGAUCGCCUGCUAAAGGAUGGUAAAUCAGUGCCACUGUGGAAAUUCAGUUUUAAAAAGACACGCCCGGCGCAAGCAACGCAUUCGGACGAGAUAGAGGAGUCAAAAGCGUUACUUAAAAAGAAGUAUCCUGGACUGAGAGUGGAUAUUUCUUUAAAAUAG